UCUGUGCGAGUGUGAGUAGUGGUGUCAGUGCUUAGUGUGAAUGCAAGAAAUUGAUGCCGAUCAACUGCUGGCAAUCACACAAAUGCCUGAAAAUGGAACAACUGUGGGAAUUCUUAUACCAGUCCCUAUGCAGAGUGUUAUCGUGAUCUCUCCUUGGACUUGAACCUAGAAUCUGCCAGUGGCAGUGUUAUCAGCGCCAGUGGCAUUAAUUCUGAAAGGAAAUUACCGGUGCACGCCGCUUGAUUGAUAGAAGUAGAGACUGUACAAGUAGAAGUACUCUGUAGAAGUGCACGUAGAGACUGAUGAAACGUGAAAACGUGAAAAUCUGUGCGCUGAAAACGUGAUUUAAUCAUGUGCUGUGGUUAUGUUGCUGGUCAAGUAUAGUGGACUUUACAAAGGUGGUAACGCAGAGAGCUCUUGUCUCUGAUUAAUUUCCAGGUACGAAUAAAAACAUUUACCCGAAGAUGAAAUACUGGAGCACUCGAUCUCACCAGAAAACCUUCACGUUUGAAGAGGCCUUACUGCUGGGUUACGCUCCGGAUGGCGGACUGUUCAUGCCAACGCACAUUCCUUCCGUUGACUUUACGACAUGGAUGACAUUGUCAUACCCGGAAAUCGUGCUGGAGAUAUGCAAGAUCUUCAUCGACCCAACAGAAAUACCCCAUGACAAGCUUCGAGAAAUAAUUUUAAGCCAACUGCAAUCCGACCUGGUUGCGACGAAGCGGUUAAGCGAUGACUGCAGCGUACUGGAGUUGUUCCACGGUAGUACGCUGGCCUUUAAAGACUUGGCCAUGUCUUGCACCGCACGCUUCCUGGACUAUUUCCUGCAGAAGCGGCAGCGGCAUUUGAACAUCAUUGUCUCCACGUCCGGCGACACCGGAGCUGCGGCGAUCCAGGCUAUUCGCGGCAGUCCGCACAUGGACGUUUUUGUUAUGUAUCCGCUGGGUCGGGUGACAGAAAUCCAGGAACUGCAGAUGACGACGAUGGCCGCAACUGCCGAGAAUGUGCAUCUGUUCGGACUUACCGGCACAAGCGAUGAUGGCGACGAAGUUAUGAAAGCGUUGUUUGCUGAUAAAGAGUUCGCGGAGCGGAACGAUUUGUCAAACGUGAACUCCAUCAACUGGUCACGAAUCCUUAUACAAAUCGCGCCUUAUUUCUACGCGUAUUUCCAGUCAGGUGCCAAACCGGGACAAGUUGUAGAGAUCGCUGUACCGACUGGUGCAGCUGGGAAUUUGAUCGGUGGCUGUAUUGCUCGCGCCAUGGGACUUCCGGUACGUUUGGUCGCCUGUACCAACGAUAACGAUGUGAUUCAUCAGAUGAUUCAAACUGGUGUACUGAUGACCGGGAGUGUUAAGCAGACCUUGGCAUCUGCGAUGGACAUCCAGAUGCCUUACAACAUUGAACGAAUACUGCACGUGCUGUCGAACGGGGAUACCGCCCUUUCCAAAGAGUUCGCUAAUGCUGUGGAUGGUGGGAAAGCUUUGCGCUUGGGAGACACUCUGCAUACUAAGGUUAAAGAAACUUUCCAUAGCCACACUUCAUCGAACGCAGGCAUCAAGCAGACGAUUAAAACCGUUUUCGAGCAGCAUCAGUACGUCGUGUGUCCUCACACUGCGACGGCCUUGCAUUAUUAUUCAGCAAACCAAUCGAACAGCCGCAAGUCAGCCGCGUGCGUCUGCAUUGCCACAGCGUCGCCCGACAAAUUUACGGAAGUACUGGAUGAGGCGGGGAUUAAGAAUACCGGCGCGGCUAAGUCGUUGUUGAAUGAACUUCGAGUUUCUCCUCAGAAAGUGUUGCGACUAGAAAAUCGUGACGAAUGGGUUGCGGUGCUACGAAAAAGCAUCGAGGACCACCGAAAAUUAAAAUCCAGGAUGAUCUGAUUCAGAACUGAAAGUAUGGUCUGUUCACCUACAGAUAUCAGUCAACAUGGCGUGACCUUACCGAAGUCUGCUUUUUUAACGGAUUUGACCUUAAAGCUUCCUACAUAGCUAAUUUUGGGCUUACAUCGUGUUUUGUGCAUUUAUUUCGCUGAGGUUGUUACGGCAGUUAAAUUUUAAUAAAAACUUGAACAACUUUCCUGUAGACAGUAAUUAUUAUAAAG